AUGAACAAUCAGUCGCUCCCAUGCAACCCCACCUCCAUUCCCCUCUGCCCUCUCUUCCUCGCCUCGGCCCACAGCCGCUCCGACGCCCCAACGGUGGCCGUGCUCCCUCCUCCCCGCAGGCCACAACUUCCUCAGAUUCAGAUCCAACCCCUUCCUGGCUCCCUCCCCUCCGCGCGUCACCCCGACGGCUGCCUCCCCCUGUCGCUCGACCCCGACCCCGACCCCGACCGCCUCCUCCGUGGCUCCGCCCGUCGCGCGCGAAGCUCCUUCCCUCGCCGCCGGGCGGAUCUCUCCCACGGCCGCCAGCGCGCGCAGCUCCUGCCCGCGGCUCCGAGCGGCGCUCUCCCGCGGCCGCUCGCGCGCGCGGUUUCUGCCCACAGCGCCGAGCGGAGCUCUCCCGCGGCCGCUUGCGAGCGGCUCAUGCCCGCCCCGCCUAGUGGAGCUCUCCCGCUCAGCCUGGCCUUCUACCAGGACCGCUCGACCAAAUGGACAGCAAGGGCAAACAAAAAAGCAGGAUUUCGUGGCCACGGUCUUUUCACCAGCGGGAUUCCGAGAAGCAAGUCUUGGCAUGGAGUGGAUCAUAGCUGUUGUUCAUGGUGCGUGUAUAUGCCUCUGAAUCUGUCAACAGGAGAGAAAUCUAGUUCCUGGAAUUGCGAGCUUUUAUCUAUACUUUGAUGUCUUCUAUAGGCAGUAUGGGCUAUGUUUGGCUAGGAUAGAACGGUACUGUUAAGAGUUUGAUGUUAAGUGAGAGUAUGAGAUGAAUCAAUGUUUGUGUGAUUUGACUGAUUACUUAUGUCAUGCUGAAUGUUUGGACUUCCUUAUGGAUGAAUCAAUGUUUGUAUAGCUAAUGUGGAAUUGCAGCUAA